AUGCCAAGGUACUUCUGUGAGUUUUGCAACAAGAUGCUUCUAAACGAUAGACUAAGAAGCAGAAGAAUGCAUUGUGGGGGUGCAAAGCAUGGCUUGAUGAGAAAGGCUUACUAUAUGGAGAUGUUUGAGAAAGAAGACAUAGCAGCCGAAAUGGCUUCCAUCCUGAGGGAUAUAAAGACUGCAGGAGAAAAGGUUGAGUGUGAGGGCUCCAAAAGCACGUCCUAUCCCCCUUUUCCUCCAGGAGACUUUUAUUUGAACCUUGCUCUACCGGAAGAGCCUAAGGGAUUUAGGCUUCCAUCCGGAUUUGACUUUCGAGACAAGAAAAACUUUCCAGAGAACAUCACUGAGGCAAUAGAGAGAUACACGUAA